AUGAGGCUUCAGUUCAGUUGUCCAAACAAUGAUUUCGAAGAUACAAAAUCAUUUGUUGAUUGGAUUCUUAAAAUUGGUAAAGGUACUAUCGAUGGUCCUAAUGAUGGUGAAGUUGAAGUUGAAUUUCCAGAAGAUGUGAUCGUUCCCUCUACGGGUGACCAUAUUCAUUCAAUUGUAUCCUGCAUUUAUUCAUCUUUUCAGAACCAUCUCGAUGAUCCAUCGUAUUUUCAAGAUAAAGCUAUUUUUGUCCCUACCAAUGAAGAAGUUGAUGCUAUCAACAACUACAUGUUAGAAUUGAUGAAAGAUGAAGGGAAAACAUAUCUGAGUUCAGAUUCCUUAUGUGAGACCGAGGCAGAAGAUUCUUUUGAGGAAUCAGUAUACUCUGCGGAUGUGUUGAACGCUUUUAAGGCCUCCAGAAUUCCCAACAAUAAACUUAUACUAAAAAAAGGUGUCCCGGUUUGA